AUGGGCUGCCAGCUGGCACCAGAUCCUCCACCCACUCGCUUACCUCACCUCUGCUUUGACCUCCAGUGUCUGGGCCCGACGCGCUGGGGCCGAGCCAACGCCGGCAGGCGCGACUCCACGCUGGAGUACAACGGAGAGAAAACCAACAACGGGAUCCACUACAGGCUCCAGCUCCUCUACAGUAACGGCAUCAGGACGGAGCAGGACCUCUACGUUCGGCUGAUAGACUCCAUGACCAAACAGGUGAGAUGUUCUACUUCCUACCAGACUUACCUGCCAGGAGCUGGUCCAGGUCAAAGGUCAAAGGUCAACACUCUGGAGGAGUCACGUCUGAUGCUGCUGAGCGAGGAUGAUGAGGAGGAGGAGGAUGAGGAAGUUUGGUCCAGUCGUUGCUGCGACAAGAAGAGCUGCGGGAACCGUAACGAGACGCCCUCCGACCCCGUCAUCAUCGACAGAUUCUUCUUGAAGUUUUUCCUGAAAUGCAACCAGAACUGUUUGAAGAACGCAGGAAACCCUCGAGACAUGAGACGGUUCCAGGUGGUGGUGUCCACCACGGUCAACGUGGACGGUCACGUGUUGGCGGUGUCAGACAACAUGUUCGUCCACAACAACUCCAAACAUGGCCGCCGCGCUCGGCGCCUGGACCCGUCCGAAGCAGCCACGCCCUGCAUCAAAGCCAUCAGUCCGAGCGAAGGCUGGACGACCGGCGGCGCCACCGUCAUCCUCAUCGGGGACAACUUCUUCGACGGGCUGCAGGUGGUCUUCGGCACCAUGCUGGUCUGGAGCGAGCUGAUCACCCCCCAUGCAAUCCGGGUCCAGACCCCCCCUCGACACAUCCCUGGGGUCGUGGAGGUCACGCUGUCCUACAAGUCCAAACAGUUCUGCAAAGGAGCGCCGGGUCGCUUCGUCUACACCGCCCUGAACGAGCCCACCAUUGACUACGGCUUCCAGAGGUUACAGAAGGUCAUCCCUCGCCACCCCGGAGACCCCGAGAGGUUACCUAAG